AUGGCCGCUUGCUGCCCCCCCAAGGGAGAAAUCUUCCGGCGUCUAAAAGCAGACCUGGAGCAAGAAUUUGGCACGGAUGUGGUGAUUACAGGUGAAGGGACUCCUCAAGCCACUGGCUAUUUUGAAGUGCAGAUAGAGAAUGGAAAGCUUCUCCAUUCAAAGAAGAAUGGUGAUGGCUAUGUGGACAGCGAGGCCAAAUUUCAUAAGAUUACCAAAGGUAUUGAGGAGGCUUUAAAAUCCUAGAGGACCACAUUCACAACUACAAGGGUUUGACCUGGUUCUAUUUGAUCAAGUCGGCUUUCUAUGAUUGAUUAGUCUGAAAGUUUCACAAGGACUAUUCCUGAUGCCCCAAGCUGGUUUGACACAAGAUGAUAACAUGGACAAACUCUUGUUGAUAUGUUUGUUCAAUACAGUAUUAUGAAAUGCUGAUAAAAUGUAACGUAAUCUCAGGAAGUAUUCAAAUGUACGCUUUCUCUAAUCUUUUUUCUCUAUGAACUGUGAUACAGCUGCAAGUGUUGCUUUUAAAAUGAAGAGUUUGUCAAUUUUAACAUGAUCAACUGUGCUGUACAUUAACACGAAGUUUCAUGCGUUAGCGCUCCUAUAUUCCGUACCUGUUAUGUGCUACGGUAUUUGUUUUAACACAAGAUAAAUAGGAGUACUUUCAACUAUAAAGCAAAGACCAGCUAGCAACUGCGCUUCGUGUCGACAACUCUUUUAAAUCUGCUCCCCUGUCACUUCAGGGGUGUGCGGCAGUCUUGCUGUCGACAGCCCUGUGAAUAAGUUGAGUAAUGUGCUUGACCAUUAGUUAUGCCGCCAUGAAAUCAUACGCCCAUUGAAGGUUGCUAUGAACCGAUGUCAUUUUACCGUUAUAAUAGGCAACCCCUACACUGACGAGAGAGUCUGCUAGUAGUCUAUUACAAAAUUGUUGUAAUAUUUUUACUUUAAUUUUGUAUACUACUUAAUUUUAGAGGUUCUUGAUAUCUGAGGGUGGGUAACCCCUAUAUUUCAUGCGUUAGCCUAGUUGGUUCUUCGAUUGGACAGAUUAGAGAUCUAAGCAAGAGUUGCGCUUACGCAUGGAACUUCGUGCAAUCUUUAUGUCCGUCUUUUGAUAAAUUUUGCAACGGCUUUAAAAUAUUUUAUAAUGAAAGUUUUUACGUUUAGAAUAGAUGAGGCAUGUUCAAAUUUAUCAAUUUAUAUGGUGAUCCAAACGCACACCUCCCGAAAUAAAAAUAAAUACAAAAUAA